AUGUCGACCGCCGAUGGAGGGAAUUUUACGGAUAGUUCUGCGACUGUUGAGCAUCAGGCGCAGUUUUCGAGCGUCAUGUCGGAAUUAAUUUCCGCCCGAUCUUCAAAACGCCCUGCUCUUGCUCGUUCAAAUACCACCGCUGGUUGCAGCGCGUUCAACCACGACAGCAGAAGAGCGACCGGUGAAGAAAAAGUGCGAUCUCGUCGAUCUUCCAAAGCAGGUUCUCGACCAAUUUCGCUGGCAAAAGAGCUUGAUCUCGAAAUUCAUCCAAAAUCCAGCACCAUCGACAGGAAAAAAUCCUCCGAUAGCCCAAAACCCGGCGGUCCGAAAUUGUCCGUUUGUCCGAGUAAAGAUCCGUUGAAUGUGAAUUCGCCGCCGAAGCCGAGUCCAGACAUGUCAAAACUGCCAUCGAUGACUUCGACGGAAAUGAGCUCGAGUGAGGAUGAUGGUGUUUUUGAUGAAGAAAAUCAGAAGUUGAUGAAGAAGGGGAAGGAUAAAGAUGAAGAUUUGGAGGAUAUAAAGAUCUUUGAAAGACUCGGCUGGUUUGAAUCAAGACCGGUUUCUUAUUGGUGGGAGAUUUUGCUAGUAUUUAUCAAUGCAUCAACAGUUUUGACGAUUUGGCUUGGACUUAUUCUCAAUCUCUUCAAAGAAAUUGUCUCCAUCAACUCAAAAUACUUCAACCCAUCUGUUCUUCUGUUCUCAUCCCUUGGUCUUCUUCAUCUUUUACUCUUACCGAUCAUCACGGAUACCCUUAAUGUUUCCAGCUUUCUCCCCUACAUCAAGCAUUCCAAAACAUCGAUAACAACCCGAAAACUCGUCCGAAACUGGAACUCAAAGUGGCGAAUUUACUUCCUGAACUUGGUUCUUCCUUGGAACGCGCUCUUUGUCCAGUCAAAUGUCAAUUCUCAGUCGAACUUGUUGAUGAAGCAAAUUCAGUCGAUAUCAAAAGAGCUGGCGAAGGAGAUAAAGCUGAAGCUCAUCAAUUUGAGAAGAAUUGCGAACGAAAUCGUUUUGAUCGAAUCCGCCACAAGAAAUCCUUUUCAGCUUUUGAUCGGAUAUGCGAUUUUCCUGCAACUAUCGUCCAAUCCUUUGAGCAAUGCCUCCCUCACGGUCGAUGGAAAAUCAGCGAUAAUCGACAAGGGGCUCUUUUUCUUAUCAUGCUACGGCCUUUUCGGAACAUCGAUGCUCAUUUUUGUCUGUUUGUGCCAAUAUUUUGUUGUUUGGUUUGAAAGUUCUUUCAAGAAGAAACUCGACUUUUCCAUCAGGUGGAUGAUGAUUUUUUCCUGCUCCUGUCAAAUAUUUCUGUCUCUUUGGUUUGUUCGCUCCUGUUCGAUGGAUAUUUUCAAAAGCACCAAUGCUUCCUUUUAUGAAUACCUUUUCUUGACGCUGAAGAUUUUCGGGCUCAUCUUUGCCAAUUUUAUUCCAGUUUUUCUUUUCAAACAAAAUCGUCAAGACAUCAGAACUUUUCUUCGUCAAAUUUUCGUCGAGCUGCUUUUCUACGUCCCAAAUUUUCAAAAAAAAAUCUUCCUCGAAUCUGGAUCAGAGACGCUGAGAGCUCUUUUCUCGCAUUUUCUCCGAUGCGGCUAUACUUUCUCGAUCUUUUUCCUUCUCUCGUCAGAUAAAAUGAAAGAAUCUUGGGCGAGAAUCUUUGAAAAUAAUUUUCUACUGGCAGAAUCAAUUGGAGAAGUUCUGCUUUUCUGUGGCCCGAUUCUUUGGAUUGUCCUCAUCUACUAUUUUCUGACGGAUCUGGAAUGCUGCAAGAAGAUUUCCUUCGUCCUAUUCCUAUCAACCCUUUUCAGCCUCUUGCUUUGCUUCAUUUUCCUUGUAGUCCCAAGCAAGAAUUACGCAUGGGAGACACUCUUUGAUUUUAACUUUUAA